AUGACAGCGGAUACCAAAAUAUUCGUCAAGAACUUGCCUUCUGACAUCAAAGAGAAAGAGGUGAAAUACAUCUUCAGCAAGUACGGAGUCGUGCAAGCCGCUGAUGUGAUAAUGUGGCCAGGGACGCCAACGCUGUGUCCGAACGGGAGCUUGGCAUCAGUGGAGACACCGCUUUCCAGCCGCCAGAAGGUGGAGUGGCAGGCUUGUGCGUUCAUCACGUACAGUAAGGCAGAAGCCGCCGGAACGGCGGUGAAAGCAUUGAAUGGUGUGUAUCGCCCACGCAGUUCAUCACCAGAGCCACUGGCUGUCAUGCUUGCUCGGCCUGGAGCGCUUCCGGACCCAGUGCAGUCAGGUUUGCCUGCACCACAAGAUGAGCAAGUCGCGGUGAUUGCUAGCGUGGACAAGGCCGGGAGCAACUUCUCCUCAAGCUUGCCUGCAGCAGCAACUGCCACGGCCUCCUAUGUCGCAGAGAAGACUCGAUGCAAGCUUUUCGUUGGCAAUCUCCACUCCGAGAUUCCGCGAGAAAGGUUGAGCCAAGUCUUCGGAGAAUGGGGCAGGGUCGUGAAUGUGCAUGUCAUGACCGGGAAGUCCAAGUUCGGCAGCGCGUGUGCCUUUGUGGAAAUGGCCACACCUGCCGAAGCCGAGAUUGCCUUGAAGGCACUUCACCAAAAGUACGAGCCGAGGAUCGGAUCCAUGACUGCUCCGAUUACCGUGACGUACUUCCAGUCUCAAAGCAGUGGAAAGGCAGCACAAACCCUCGGCUCACCAGCUGUGCCGGGUUUCUCUCAAGCUGGUGGGUUUUCGAGAUACACGCCGUACCAAGUCUAG